AUGGACGGCUUUGCGGAAGACCUGCCGCCGCAUCGAGCCCCUCGAAGAGUGUCGACCACCCCAUUGCCAGCACGAGAUUCUACGGACACAGACACCCCCGAUUCCGAUCUAGUCGAAACACUCUACAGCCAUCCAAAUGUCAAAAUCAUUUCUUUUACAGCCACCGGACGAGCUUUCGCGAGGAGUCCUGGAGGUCCCGCCCUAAGCAAUGUUGAUCCACCUAACUCCUUAUCAUGGUCCUCGCAACUCGAAAGAACCAUUGCCGUCGGACCUUUUCGUAUCUACCGAGCACCGAGAUCUGUAGCUUUCUUGAGUUGUGGUUCUGCCUUACAACCAAUCCUACGCAAGAGCCAGUGUUGGUGCAUAGACGAGGUCAACAGCAGAUUCGUUCUACAGAUCCGUCGACCCAAUUAUUGGAGAAUAGAGUUGCCGAUUGACGACCCUGAAGAUCAACAAAGAGCCGAAGAGUUGAGAGAGGUUCUUGACAAAAUCCUCCAAUUUGAAAAGACCGAAUGCCCGUUCAAACGCACAUUCACCGUUGAUCUGCCCGAGCAGGUACCCGUGACAAUUCUUCCUUGGACACCACGCUCGCAACCCAUCAUGCCGUCCGACGAUGUAGCUUCGGUGUCCUCUACUGGCUCGCGGAGGUCAUCCUUCGUGGGGAGAACGUCAACACCCACCCCCUUGAAUAACAGCAGACAACAUCCAGAAAUUCCCACGAGUCCGAUGUCCGGUAGGCCUGCGAGCGCGGCGUCUUGCGUGGUUCCAACGACAAUAUCUUUGUACGAGGAGUAUGGUAUGAGCAUCGAUCCGCUUCAGCCCAAAGGUACCGGUACUUCAGGCCACACAGAAUCCAGCACAAAACCAUUAGAGGUUGUGCCAGAACGUCCGACGGAUGGUGAUUUUCUAGAUCCAUUCCGUUCUAGCUUCCCCGAAUCUUACAGCUCCCCCUCGUUCUCCACAGACCUUGGCUUACACGCCUCUCACGGCGGGUCAUCCAUACUUUCUUCUAGUCCUACACAAGACGAUGCGUCUAUGUAUGAGCUACAUGAAGGAUCUGGUAACCGAGGUGGCCGCAUGAAAGCUCGACUACGACGACGAACAGGGGUUUUUACAACGACUAGGUCUGCCACAAUGCCACCACACUUGAUGCCAACGAUUGAUGGGUCUAAGCCAACGUCUUCCGCAUCAAGGGAUCCGCUUCUAAGAAGUGCAUCGGAAACAACGAGAAAACCUAUCCUCCAUAAUGUAGAAGCUUCGCGUUCCACCGAAAAUAAGAGCAAGUCGGAACCGCGAGCUUUGCCAACAUCCCACCCACAGGGAUCCGCACAACAAUCGCGACUUCUACGCCGAGACAGCGAGGAAUCUUUCCACAGCGUUGAGUCGUGGCAUUCGUCUGGUGCCCCCCUUCAUCCCUCGCCUCCUACAUCUCACGCAGAAUCAUUUGUUGAAUCGAGGAGGGAAUCAAACGAGACAGACACCCUAUCAGUCGAAGGAUCUAAGAUGAACAAAUCCUCUCAAAGUAGGGGUACCUCUCCCAUGCCUUGUGCGUGGGAAUCCGACUCGGAGGAUGACAGCGGGACAUCGGACGAAAGCGAAGCCCUGGAUGCAAUACCGACCGGGGAACUUACUACUCAGGCCUCUAUCGAAACAAAAGAAACAACACCGGCAGCUUCAGUACCCCAACGACCUUUCGUUCCACGUCAUAGGGCGACAACCAGUAGUAUUUCAGUGAGACAACGCGCCUUGUCACCCUUACCUCCGGCGGCGAACCUUUUUACGCCGGCUUCAACUAUGGAGCGGCGCCCAUACCGAAGUAGAUUAGAAACUGUCAGGAACCUUCCAAUGGCCAUCAUUGCCAAGACGUGUGAAAUGAUAAUGGGCCCUCCCAGUUCCCUCAUUCGUCUUAUACUUAAGGUUGCGGCCAAGAUUGCUUCUGGCCAGUGGAGGGGUUUGGUCUAUGGGUACAGUGAGGACGGCGAGGAAAUACCCGUUCAAUGGGAUUACUCCGAAGAAGAAUUCAGCGACUGGAGCGGCGACGAGGAUUAUCAACAUGACCAUCGCAGCAGUCACAAACAUCACGGGAAACGUGAACACCGGCAUAACAGACACCGUAGUAGCCAUGGCAAAGCGAGCCAGGGGUCAGGUGCUGAAAAUGAGUUGCGUAGGCAGCCUUCAUCGUCAGAUGAUAGCCGAAGCUGGGGUGUUGAUUGA